GUUUCCCCAGCGCUUCUUCCCCUCGCUGGCUUAGGGAACCCUCAGCCUCCCGUCCCGCUGGCUUCGGCCAGCUUGAAGGCUCGAAGCGUGCCUGGAUCGCAAGGCUGGACCAUCCAACCGUCCCAUCCAUCCCGUCACCAAGCAAACUUUCGCAUAAGGAACCUCUUUCCGUGGCUUUUGGGAUGAAAUGAAGACUCAUCAGAAUACACAGGUAGGAACGGGAUCGCGAUGAACCGAUCCCGAGUGGCCCUGGACGGCGACAUAGUGAAUGUGCGGAAGUGGCCCAGACAGACAGACACUGAAAGAUCAUCGUCGUCCGGCAUCUUCGGCAUCUUCGCGUCCGCCGACUAUCAUCAUCACCCACGGUCAAGUGGCCUCGACGUCUCUCGAUCCCGUUCCACCGCUCUACUCGGACAUUUUGGCCUCUAAAAACAGGUACAUCCGAGUACUUGGCCCCACGGCAAAUGCAUCUUUCUGGCAGAGACUUCCUAAGGAAAAACAAUCUGCGUUCCUCGAGGGUCCACCCCGAAGCGCGAAGGACGAUAGCCCAGGGUCCGAUGACUAAGAUUGUGAGAUGACGUUGGAACGCCCAACUCCCUUCACUGACUUUCACUUCUCGAGUUUGUUUACCUACAAAAACUUUCGUUCUGCGUGUAUUCUCAAGCACUCCCGGUCGCCUUCCUAGACUAGACAUAUCCCCCCCUUUGGUACAUUGGUACAUCUGUUACAUCCCGUUUGCCUCUUUCUCUCGUACUUGCAUUUUUCCACACAGGCACAAGCAUGUCGACUGCCGGCCCUGCCCAUAGAGUUCAAUCCGCCGUGGUCGAGUAUGGAUAUCCUCAAGGCCACCUAGGACAUCUGGGCCCCGAAGAAGAGGCUGCCUUCACGAAUUUCAAGGCUCUAUGCGCCGAGAAAGGAUACUACACCGCAGGAGAGACGGCUGAUCAGAACAGUCAUGACGACGAAACGUUACUGUAGGAUUCCCACGCCGCUCAGAGCUGCCUUUGCUUGGUAACCUAACAUCCAACGCAGGCGGUUCCUCCGCGCGCGACGCUUCAUCGUCGCAGACGCCUUUACGCAAUUCAAGGACACAGAAGACUGGCGAAAGGCCAACCAGAUAACACAGCUCUACGAAACUAUAGACUUAGAACACUAUGAGGAAACUCGCAGAUUGGUAUGCUGACACUGAUCCCCUCUUCCAACAACCAACUAACCAAGCCAACCAGUAUCCACAAUGGACAGGUAGUUUAUGUUCCAUUGUUUGUCCAAUUGCAAUUCUAACCAACCCAUAGGCCGGCGCGAUCGUCGCGGAAUUCCCGUCUACGUCUUCGAAGUCAAACAUCUACACUCCAAAGCCAUGGCCGCAUACGAGAAAUCCGCCCAAAAAACUCACACCAAAGCCCAAACUGACGGAAAGACCUCCCAGAAAAUGCUACGACUCUUUGCAUUAUACGAAAAUCUUGUUCAAUUCGUCCUGCCGUUAUGCUCACAAUUGACCGAUAGAGAGAAUGCGAAAACACCCAUUACGCAGAGUAAUAAUAUUGUUGACAUUUCGGGCGUGGGUUUGAAACAGUUUUGGAAUUUGAGGACGCAUAUGCAGGAUGCUAGUACCUUGGCCACGGCGCAUUAUCCCGAGACUCUAGAUAGGAUUUUUGUAUGUUUCUCCUGGCCCUGCUCUUGUGCGAGACAUGGUCGUUGCUCUGCGUACACCCCAAAGAUAUUGUGCUAGAAGUUUUGGAAGAAUUGCCUCAGUUAUUCCAGUUCUGAGCAUCAAUCGAGAAAGACGGUGGCCAAGUCUCUGAACGGCUCGGGUAAUCAAGACGAUGGCUCAAAGCUUGUUGGCACACUUUCAAGCUUACUCGGGUGUACGCGGAACAAUAACCAUAUUUCGUGUACCUUUGAGAAAGAUUUAACUUAUUUGUAUGAAUGCUAAUCUUUGAUAUCAGAUCAUCGGCGCUCCCGCAUUCUUUCCUACCGUCUGGGGCUGGAUCAAAAAAUGGUUCGACCCAAUCACUACCUCCAAAAUCUUCAUUCUCUCCUCGCACGAUAUGAAAAACACCCUUGAAUCUUUUAUCGAUCCCAAAAACAUCCCCAAAAAAUACGGAGGCGAGCUGGAAUUUCAAUUCGGCGAUAUGCCUCUUCUCGACCCCGCAAUGGCGAGUAUCACCACCUGGGAAAAUGGUAAAACGGAUUUGGCACACGGACCCAUGAUUUGGAAGAAAGAAGGCGAAUACUUACGAGCCGUGGCAGUGGGAAGUGAAGGUGAAGGGGGAAAGUUGAGAAGAGAAGACGUAUGUCUAGUGAAGAGACCGCUGUUCGAACCAGAACCUGAAGCGGUUGUCGUCCCUCAAGAAAACGGUAUUCUAGAAAUCCCAAUAGAGGCUCCGAUUCUGAGACCGGAAUUACUCACUGCACCUACGGAAACGGAUCUCCCUAGUACGAUAAUGCCUACUGGACCACCUACCGAGGCAGCGAAAGCGGAAAAGGAACAGAAAGUCCCUGGUGAUGGACCAGCAGUUUUGGAUGGCACGAAGCCCGUGGAUGCCGCUGCCGUGGGAGAAGUAUUGAAGGAUCUGAGUCUGGAUGAGAAGAAGGAGGGCCUGGUUAAUGGGAGUGUGACGGCGACUGCGCCCGUGGUUGCGCAGGGGAAGACGACGUGAUCGAUGUGUAGAUACCCUAGUUAAUAGAAUGCUUUUGUUUCGGGGUGGGAAAACUUAAUAUAUGGUGUGUUCUGGGGUUUUUGGGCUUUCUUAUUUGGGGGUGUGGAGUGUGAGAAUGUGAGAGUGAGUGUGAGGUAGUUGUUGGGGUUGGGGGUUGUAUAUAAUGGGUGGGUGGAUGCACCGUUACGGUGGACUGUUGUGGUAAUACUGAUUGAUUAUGCACAGUGCACAGAUGGGGAUUCUCUAUUUACAUACGGUACAAGUAAGGGGUAGCGAAGCGAGACUUGGCUGAGAUGAUUAGACGGGGCAGGCCAGGUGGUUGAUUAUAGACUUGUUGUAUUUCUCGAGUAGAAGGGGUUUUUGAGGAUGGGCUUGUUCUCUAGGUUUUGGGGUAGGUAGUGGGUUGGUGUUGGGUUUUG